AUGGCAGCGCCUUCUGCCACCGCGGCCGCCCUCCACUGCAAUGGCGUCCUCAUCUCGAUCGUCCAGUGCCUUGUAUUGCCCGCGCACGUCGUGGCCUUUCUGGACGCGUUGCCGUCGCAAGUGCUUGGCGCAUCGCUCCGCGCACUGCGUACGCUGCUCUCGCGGCCUGGCCAGUUUCUGCACGAGUGGCCCAAACCGUGCUUCCUCGGUCUCGUCGACGACGAAGAGGCCCUUGCAUCGGCCGCCUUGCCCGCCUACGAGGCCAUUGACGAUUUUUUGUACCCAAUGACGGCCAUCGACGUCACGUGCAGCGCCAACCUUAUCAACGAAGCGGUCUGCCAAGCGUUACGUCGCUGCACGCGCCUGCGCGAGGUCUCGCUGGACUCGUCACCAAUAAUGACGCACGUGUUUCAAGCGGUGGCGCAUCACGUGUCCCGACUCAACGUGGUGAUGACGCGAGGUGACGCCGUGGACUGGACACCGCUGGUGACGUCGUGGCUCGCGAGUGGCCACGCCGAGCACUUGAGUCUGCGCUGCAUCCCAGUCGCCACCGAUGCCCUCGCGCGCGCCGUCAGCCGGACGCCGACGCUGCGCAGCCUUGCGAUCUUCGCGUGCGAUGACGUUGUUGAGCAGCUACUCGGUAUCGGGGAGCCUCUGCGCCACCUCACGCGCUUUAGCUUCGGGACCAAAGUGCCCGUUCACGUGGGCCGACUUCUCGAUCUCGUCGACAUCCGCUCGCUAACGUCGGUCACGCUCUCCUGCAGCAUGCCGCUGCAUCCAGUGUUUGACACGCUGUGUGGCUCGUCCGCGCUGGAAGAGCUCGUCUUGUGCUGGUGCUCACUCACCGUCCGCAACGAAAACGACGUCGUCGGACACUGGCCGCGUCUCCGCGUCGCUCGGUUUGAUGGCGUAAACUUUAGCGCCGACUUUUUUGACACGCUUGUGGCGAGUCUCACGUCCUCGCACGUUCUGGAGCAUGUGGGCUUCCAGGAUUGCAGCAUUGUCUCAACCAAGAUGAACGUGCUGGGGCCGGCGCUCGUGCACUGGAUCAACCAUGGGCUUCGCAUCUUGCGCCUCUCCGACGACCCAUUGGACGAUUCUGGCGCGGCCGUGCUGGCGGCGGCGCUACGCCACGCCUCGAAUACAGCGCCUUUGACGCUCUCGCUGGUCGACAAUAAUCUUUCACUGGUCGGUGUCACCGACCUCCUCUCCGCUCUCGCGUCGUGCACAUGUGUGCGCGUUGAAAUUGAGGUGUCCGAGAACCUCCAAGGACAUAGGGACGAGCUCGUCGCCAUCGCCACCAAUGUCGGUAUCAAGGCGAUCUGCGACGAUGACGUCGUUGAAUUCUAUAGCCCGCUUGCGAUCCAAAGCAAGCGUUGA